UCCUCCCUCCCUCCUCUUCCUCUUCUUCCUCUUCCUCUUCUUCUUCUUCUUCUUCUUGGCCCCACCUUCCUCCUCCUCCUCCUCCUCCUCGGUCACCUCCCUUAAAUCCCCCCCCCCACCGUCUCCUCUGCCACUGCGCUCCCAUUGCUCCCCUCUCCCUGAUCUCUCUCCUGCUGCCCUCUGCAGGCAAAGUGCUUCCUUCCCCCCCUCCCGUGGCCACGAUGGCUCUGGUGGCAACCCCCUGGCAAGAGGAGCUGCUGGGGGCGCCUGUGGGUUCUCGCCUCCCUCUUCUGCCUCCCCACUCCCUCUGGUGCCCCGGGAGGGUGGGGAGCCCCGGCCGGCAGCGAGAGGAGCAAGGCCCUGGCUGCCGCCGCCGACUGCAUGGUGUGCGGGGACAAGGCCAGCGGCAAGCACUAUGGCCAGGUCACUCCAUCGCGUAAGGCUGCAAGAGCUUCUUCAAGCGCUCCGUGGCGCCCGCAACCUGAGCUACACCUGCCGGGCCAGCCGGCAGUGCCCCGUCCGCACUCAGCACCACCCGCCAACCAGUGCAAAAAAGCAGGGACUGCCGCUUCAAGCCACCAAGUGCCUCAAGGUCGGCAUGCGCCGCGAAGCUGUCCAGCGGGGUCGCAUGGCACACGCUCAGUCUGGACCUGGCCAGUACGCCUUGACUAACGGAGACCCCUACGGCUGCCCCUCCUACCUGACGGGCUUCAUCUCGCUGCUGCUGCGGGCGGAGCCCUACCCGACCUCGCGCUACGGGGCCCAGUGCCUCCAGGCGGGCAGCAUCAUGGGCAUCGAGAACAUCUGCGAGAUGGCGGCCCGCCUGCUCUUCAGCGCCAUCGAGUGGGCCAAGAACGUCCCUUUCUUCCCCGACUUCCAGCUGGCCGACCAGGUCUGCCUGCUGCGCAUGACGUGGAGCGAGCUCUUUGUGCUCAACGCGGCCCAGUGCGCCAUGCCCUUCCACGUGGCACCCCUCUUGGCGGCGGCCGGCCUCCACGCCUCGCCCAUGUCUGCCGAGAGGGUGGUGGCUUUCAUGGACCACAUCCGGGUCUUCCAGGAACAGGUGGAGAAGCUGAAGGCGCUGCACGUCGACGCGGCGGAGUACGCCUGCCUCAAAGCCAUCGUGCUUUUCACCCCCGACGCGGUGGGGCUCGCAGACUUGUGCCACGUGGAGAACGUGCAGGAGAAAUCCCAGUGCGCCCUGGAGGAAUACGUCCGGAACCAGUUCCCGAACCAGCCCAGCCGCUUCGGCCGCCUGCUGCUGCGCUUGCCGUCCCUGCGCAUCGUCUCGGCCCCGGUGAUCGAGCAGCUGUUCUUCGUCCGCCUGGUGGGGAAGACCCCCAUCGAGACCCUCAUCCGGGACAUGCUUUUGUCCGGCUCUAGCUUCAACUGGCCCUACCUGCCGAUGCAGUGAGAGGCGACUCGGCCUUGGGCAGAUUCCUGCAGGGUAGCCACCUCUCUGCCGCUCCGCCUCCUUCUCUGUCUGCCCCAGGCCAGAUAAGCAAGGGGGCUUCAACUCAGACUCCCCUGUGGCAGGUAUGGGUGGGUGUGUAGGGGGGGAGGCGGUCAAAGCUCUCCCAGUUCCGAGACAGCAGUGAAGCAACCCGGAGCAGCGGCGCCUAAGACUGUUUUGUUAAAGGGUCAGGUCUCUCUGCACCCUUUCGGCCAUAUUUAGGCCACUCUAACGUGAACAAAACUGCGGCUGUUUCUUCACAGCGGGACGGACCCCUGUUUGGUUCUUUCCUGAAACAGGGUCUGCUGUCGCCCCGUCUUUACCGGCCCCCGAACCACGAGCAGGUGUCCGAACGGGAGGCUUUUCCUCGGUACUUUUCUCGGCACCGUGGCUCGUGGGCUGCCUUCUCCAGCCCGUUGGCUCAACCCGUGGACUUUUUGAGAAGGGCUUUCUACAGCCCGGGGCGAAGGAGAGCCAGCUCCGAGGAGCUCUCCUGCAGGAGGAAAGAACCUUCUUGGACUUGGGACUCGCGAAGCGGCCGCAAAGCUGCCUGCAACUUGUUUUACCCAAUUGUGCAAUGAGACGCACACACACUCCUCCUUGGUCUGGGGCGUAAAAGUGUAAGAAAAGGGGGGUUAAUUGGGAAACGUUUGCCUUCGCAGGCGCAUGUUUGUGCAUGCGUGCGUGCGUGAGCGAGCGAGAGGGGGAGGGGGAGAGAGAGACGUGUUUACAGGCCCCAUUCCUGGGGAGCCGCCUGAACCCCCAUCUGGAGGGAAGGGGUUUUCACACCCCACGAUCAGUGACAUUGUGUGGGAGAGGACAGAAUAAGACAGGAGAAGAACUGAUUGUGUCCCUUUCCUGGGGGAGACAAAGAUGAUGGGGGGGGGGGGGGGACGUGGGGCUUUGGUUCCUGGGGCAUGUGAAUAAAAGUCACAGAGCCCCUCCCCAUAGAGGGAGAAACCGAUUAUUUAUAAAGGAAAAAUAAACCUCUGCUGGACCCAAUUUCUGAUCCCUCCA